CGGGAGGCAGCGGGCCAUGCCCCCCGCUAUUAGUACCGGCGCUCGGCUCAGCGUGCCUCAGUGCCGAGCCGCCUCGGUCCGUCGCCGCACCAUGCAGGGGCUCCGCGCCGCGCCUCCCGCCUUGCUGCUGCUGCUGCUGCUGGUGGUGCCGGCCCGGCCCGGCGCGCUGGUGCUGGCGGCCGCGGGCGCCGAGCGGGAGCUGAGGCCCGGCAGCCGGGCGGCCGCGGCCGCGGCACGGCUGGCCCUGCACUACCUCAACGGGCAGGCGGCCGCUCCCGCCGCGCUGCUGGCGCUGGGGCAGGUCCGCAAGGCCACGCUCAAGAGCAUCCCUGACUCCGGGAACAAGUACUACCUGCACUUCACUACUGAGGACUACAAAAGUGGGGAGAGUGCAGGGAGCUGCCUGGCCACGGUGCUGUACCCAAAAGCCAAGUCUCCUCCUGCUGUCAAUAUCAAGUGCACACGUACCCAAGACCAGAAGCAAAUCCAAGAGGCGGACAACAGACUUUACCAAAAAAUCAGGCACCAAACCAAACCAAUAAUUGGAAGCAAUAUUCCAGACAGCUAUGGAAACAUCCAACCCGCCCUGGAGCCGGUCUGGGCUUUGGCUGUUGCUGGCAGCAGCUACAUCAUGUGGGAGAAGUCAACUGAGCACUUGGGCUACUUCAUGGCUCAAGUCAAGGCUGUGAAGCAGUGGCUAAGGAAAGAUGAUUUCGUUGAGUUUGACUACACUGUGCUGCUCCACGAAGUCCCGACACAGGAGAUCAUUUCGUGUCACAUGCGCCUCACUUGGCUUCCAGCUCACCCCCUGAAAGUGAAAUACUUCUGUGCUUCAGAGAGCCAGGGGCUGGAGGAGGCAUCUGGGCUGGAGUCUGGAUCGGCUGCGGAGGUGGCACACGGAAGAGAAGCCAAUUUUUAGGCGAGUCUGGCAGCAUUCCUACAUGUGUUACUGGAGAAAGUCCUGGGGCUGAUGGAGUGGGGUUGUUUACCAGUCACACAGUGAAUCUGAAUCCUUCACUAACCUGUUUUGUUCCAAAAUUCAUUCCUCUAAUGUCUUAAACUGCAGGACUCGUGUUCCAGAGCUCUACCUAAAGACUUUGCUACUACAUAUACAUGGAUGCACCCCUUGAUUUCACGUCCUAAGUCACUGUUACUCCCAGUAACACAGUUUGUAAACAAAGUUAAUAUAUUUGGAUACAAAUCUUGAUAAAAGGUCUGCAAAACCUGCCACCUGAUCCUGUGUGACCUGAUCUAGGUGGAACUGCUUUGGCAGGAGGGGUUGGGCUGGAUGAUCUCUAAAGGUCCUUUCCAACCCCUGCCAUCCUGUGAUGCUGUGAUUCAGCUGUCACUAAGGAAUAUUGUCUACUAUAUUUUUGUCCAAUUUUUUGGGAUAGAUACAUGCUGAUUUUUAUCUUAGCUCACCAAUAAACCAAAUUCCAUUA